UUUCCUUGGCCAGAGGUGCCAAUUUGACUCAGGGGUGCGGCAUGAUGGUGGUGGGUAUAGGCACCGCACUAGCAAUCUCCUCCCUCCUGUCCCUGCUGCUCUUUGCUGGGAUGCAGAUGUACAGCCAUCAGCUGGCAUCCACCGAGUGGCUUAUCAUCCAGGGUGCACUGCUUGGCUCAGGUCUCUUCGUGUUCUCCCUCACUGCAUUCAAGGUUCUGGAGAAUCUUAUCUUUGGCAAAGGAUCCCAAGUAAAGAUCUUCUCUGAGAUGCUCCUGUGCCUCCUGUUAGCUGUCUUUGCGUCUGGCCUCAUCCACCGAGUCUGCUUCAUCUUCUCCAUGGUUGGUCUGUACUACAUCAAGACCUCCUCCACUGUGUACCAGCCAGCAGCUCCAUUCCUCACACCAGCUAAGGUCACAGGAGGAGCAAGAAGAGAAAUCGACCCUGAAUGUGGAGAAGACGAGCUUCCAGUGGAGCCUGUGUGA